UGAUUGAGUUGGUGCCCUAGCUUGGCCUUCGUCUGGCGCCAAUCAAGUCUACUUCUUCCUCCCGCCCAAACACACACAUUCCCCAUUUCUUUCUCUCUUUCUUGACAGAUCAAAAAAUGGCGGAAGUGAUGGAAAUCGAUGACGACACUCUAUCCCCACCGCCCAAAAACAACAAGGGCAAAUCCAUAAUCACUUCCCCACCGGCCCACACUAAAGCCACUCCAUGGGUCGAAAAAUUCCGCCCCCAAUCUCUCGCCGACGUCGCCGCUCAUCGCGAUAUCAUCGAUACAAUUGACAGGCUUACCAGUGAAAACAAAAUGCCCCAUUUGUUACUUUACGGACCCCCCGGAACCGGAAAGACGUCUACCAUCCUUGCUGUUGCCAGAAAGCUGUUCGGGAGUCAGAUGCAUAAUAUGGUUUUGGAGCUUAAUGCUUCUGAUGAACGUGGGAUUGAUGUUGUUAGACAACAAAUUCAAGAUUUUGCUAGUACUCAAAGCUUUUCUUUUGGUGCUAAAGCCUCGGUAAAACUGGUUCUUUUGGAUGAGGCAGAUGCAAUGACGAAGGAUGCACAAUUUGCUCUUCGUCGAGUGAUUGAGAGAUACACGAAAAGCACCAGGUUUGCACUUAUCUGUAACAAUGUAAACAAGAUUAUUCCAGCACUGCAGUCAAGAUGCACUAGAUUUCGGUUUGCUCCCUUGGAUGCUGUCCAUGUCAAUGAGCGACUUAAACAUGUUAUUACUGCCGAAGGGCUUGAUGUGACGGAAGACGGAUUAACAGCUCUUGUACGGCUUAGCAAUGGUGAUAUGAGGAAGUCUUUGAACAUUUUGCAGUCAACACAUAUGGCUUCUCAGCAGAUAACUGAAGAAGCUGUCUAUCUCUGCACUGGCAAUCCAUUGCCCAAGGAUAUUGAGCAAAUAUCAUACUGGCUACUGAAUGAGCCAUUUUCGGAUAGCUUUCAAAAAAUAUCCCAUAUGAAGGCAACAAAAGGUUUGGCUUUAGUGGACAUUGUAAGAGAAGUAACUAUGUUUGUUUUUAGAAUCAAGAUGCCUUCGGAUGUUAGAGUCCAGCUGAUCAAUGACUUGGCUGAUAUCGAGUACAGAUUGAGUUUUGGGUGCAAUGACAAGUUGCAACUGGGGUCUGUGAUUUCUACUUUUACCCGAGCUAGAACCGCACUUGUUGCUGCAGCAAAAUAGGGAAUUGUUCUACCGGUUAGCAUCUUGUGAGAAAAUAGUAUGGGUCACCAUGUAAUCAGCUUUGAAACUCUUGUGAUCUUGUCAAGUGUGUCUUUCUACAUUGAAUCUGUAGGGAUUCAGACCUUAUUAAGUGACCAUCUUCUGUUGAUUGGUUGUUUUUUGCAUUGUACUCCGUAGUAGUGAGCAGUAAGUAUUUUGGACAAUCACUCUCGUUCGCGGGGGCUGGUUUA